AUUACAGGCAUUUUGCUGGACCAGCUGUUCGUUACUUGUGCGCACAUAUGAUGGAUUGCGCCUCAACGCAGAAGUUUAGCCGAGUUUACGCGAAACCUUCUUCCUCGUUCCAGCGCUUUCCUUGGCCAAGUACCAGGGACUUGACCUUACGAACAAGCAUCUAGCGAACAUGACAAUUAACUGGCUGCUUAGACUGCAGAAGAGUUGCGCGAAAGCACACAUGAUUCCUUUCACGAGCUCGUUGUCGCCUCGGCGCCACACCAGGACCGGAUCUUCAAUACGGAACAUGAGUUUGGACCGCCAGAUGGCGACAGCUGGUGGGAGUCACGCCGGGCUGGCUUUUGGCCUGCCGCGAGCUGGGCUGGGCGCUGCGCGGCGCUCUGCUGGAGGAGCCCUCGCGGAAUCAGCGCCGGAGAUGUACAGCUGAAGUGAAGCAACUCUUCAGGUGGGCGUUUUGGGGUCUCAGGAAGGAGGAGAUGUCAGAGGUCCUCGACAUGCGCCAUCAGGCUUGCGCCACACGCGUUUUGGGAGCCCGCUGGGGUCUGCUAGUGGUUAGGCCUAUUUCAUGGAUGCCAAUUGUCUGCGGUCCGCCCCGGGAAGUGCCCUGCAGCCUACGCCGAGUGAACGCCGGGACACCGGGGUGCGGGUUUCCGCGUUCCGCGCAAGCUCUGGCGCCGCAGCCGAGGCAGGGAAGCCGCCAGCGCUACUGAUCUCAU